AUGUCAAAACCGUUUGCAUGGUGGUGGAGGUGGCAGCAUGGUGGUGGUGGUGGUGGUGGAGGUGAAGGUGGAGUUGGUGGUGGUGGUUGUGGUGGAGGUGGAAGUGAAGGUGGAGUUGUUGGUGGUGGUGGUGGUGGUGGUGGUGGCAGCGAUGGCGGUGGUUGUGGAGGUAGAGUUGGAUGUGGAAGUGGAGGUGGUGUUAUUUUUUAA